CAGCUGCCAGCCUUGGCCCAUCAUGUAACUGCUGCGGAGAAUUCUUUGCAGUGCAAUUGCAAAAUUCCGUCUUUUCCCGACGCCUGCGGGGGCCGUGCAAUCAGAACAGCGCCCUCCGCGCGGACACGCACGCUCCGGACGCGAAAAGGCUCCAAGUGCAUGAAGAUCGAGGCUUGUAUUUUGCAUCUUUGUUGCAAAGCAAGCCGCUGAAGCUCCACUGCGAGGGCGAUGGAGGGAGGGAGUGAGAAAGAAGGCAAAGUCUUUUGUGCUUCCCCUCCCCCUCAUCAAAGCAAAGGGGAAAUGUCUCAGCCAAAGGGAGGUAAGAGGAAGCCGGUGCUCAAGCUCUCCAAGGAGGUGUUUGAGCAGCCUCCUCCCGCCGCUGUACCCCCCAGAGAUUUGGAUUCCAAAGCUUGUGUCACCAUCGGAGAAAAGAACUUCGAGGUGAAGGCCGACGACCUGGAGCAGAUCUGCGAGCUCGGCCGGGGGGCUUACGGCGUGGUGGACAAGAUGAGGCACGUGCCCAGCGGCCUGAUCAUGGCUGUGAAGCGGAUCAGGGCCACGGUGAACACUCAGGAGCAGAAGAGGCUGCUCAUGGACCUGGACAUCUCCAUGAGGACAGUGGACUGCUUCUACACUGUCACCUUCUACGGAGCGCUGUUCAGAGAGGGCGACGUCUGGAUCUGCAUGGAGCUGAUGGACACCUCCCUCGACAAGUUCUACAAGCAGGUGAUCGAGAAGGGCAUGACCAUCCCCGAGGACAUCCUGGGAAAGAUCGCCGUCUCGAUAGUAAAAGCUUUGGAGCAUCUGCACAGCAAUCUGCAAGUCAUACACAGAGAUGUGAAGCCCUCCAACGUGCUCAUCAACACUCAGGGCCAGGUGAAGAUGUGCGACUUCGGCAUCAGCGGCUACCUGGUCGACUCUGUGGCUAAAACCAUGGACGCUGGCUGCAAACCCUACAUGGCGCCGGAGAGGAUCAACCCCGAGACGAACCAGAAAGGCUACAAUGUGAAAUCUGACAUCUGGAGUUUAGGAAUCACGAUGAUCGAGCUCGCCAUCCUGCGCUUCCCGUACGACUCGUGGGGAACGCCCUUCCAGCAGCUGAAGCAGGUGGUGGAAGAACCUUCGCCCCAGCUUCCUGCCGACCAGUUCUCCCCCGAGUUCGUGGACUUCACCUCUCAGUGCUUAAAGAAAGUUUCCAAAGAGCGGCCGACUUACACAGAACUCAUGCAACAUCCCUUCUUCACGUCCCACGAGGCCAAAGAAACCGACGUGGCUAGCUUUGUGAAAGUCAUCUUGGGGGACUGAGUGGCCACUCUUGCAUUGGAGGGAGGGAAGAUCUGUCAAAAAAAUUAAAAAAAAUACAGCAAACAAACAAACCAGAAGCACCGAUCGCAGCCCCUCGUACCUGCAGGACUCCCCCUGCCGCGCCGUACUCUCACCCUCCCUCCAGACAGACAGACGGAGCCCAGAGGAGAAGCUGAUGAAGCAGAAGGAGUUUGACCCCACCCACCUGGCCUCCGUGUCCUCUGUACAUUAACCUGGCAUGGAGGGGUGGAGGAGGCGGGUGCCUCACACAUAAUCUGGAAUACGUAAAGAUGUCUGUAUGCAAAAACUCCCUCUUUGGUUCGAUUUGUCCCGCCUCCGUGCACCGCCUACUAUCAGACAUCGUUGUUAUUAGCCAGUCGAGCGUCAAA